AUGCAGGAAAUCAUAUCUGUGAACGGAUACAGAAAAUGGGGUAUUCAAGGAGUAGAAGGAGCAGGUGGUGGAGAAAGGAAUGGAAUAGAAGGAAUGGUGGUUGGGAUUGAAGGGAUGCUUGGUAGAGGAGACAGUGUAGGCAAAGUGGGAAAAGUAGGCAUGCUUGGAAGUAGGGGAAGAGCCCCUGGCUUUGGCAAUGCUGGAAUCGUUGGGAUUGAUGGCAAUGGCGGCAACAGGAGGCAGUGUAGGCACUGUGGGAAAGUAGGCAUGCUUGGAAGUGAAGGAAGAGCCCCUGGCUUUGGCAAUGCUGGAAUUGUUGGGAUUGAUGGCAAUGGCGGCAAUGUUGUAGGUAAAGUUGGCAUUGGGGGAAAUUGCUGA